AUGCUGCUUCAUCGAGCGCGUACUGAGAAAUUGAACGUGGUUUCUCUACGAGCAUUAUUUGGUGGUCCGCAUGGAAUCAGUGAGACUGUAGCACAUAAUGAAAUAAUACUGGUUGUCGCUAGUGGCAACGGUGUUGUCGCAAUCAUCCACGGUUAUAACACCUCCACGACCCAGGCAGGUCGGCUAUAUUUCGUGUGGCAGGUAGAAACACUUAGUAAGCAUCUUCAAGCAAUGGCAAAGAAGCUCAACUGA